AUGCUGGCCUCCUUCAAGCUGCCGGCCUACGAGGAGGUGGCGCACCGCCCCAGCACGCCGCCGCCCCCCUACAGCGCCAUCCUGGCCCAGCUGGGCGGCCCGCACAGCCGCCUGGGCUCCAGCACGCCCACGCUGUCGCCCAGCUCGGGCAACUCCAGCAGCUGCUCGUGCGAGUCGAGCUGCCUGACCUCGCCCAGCAGCACGUCGCUCUCGGUGCAGAUCACGGAUGAGACGGAGCGCAGCCGGGCCAGCACGCCCAGCGACGAGGGCGGCACCAGCACGGGCACCGGCGCCAGCUGGGAGCUGCCUGAGGAGGCGGGGCCGCACGAGGCCGUGCCACGCCACCCACUCUUCUCCUCCAACGUGGACUUCUUCGAGGCCGACUCGCACCGCUGCUCCGACAUCGAGGAGGAGGACGAGGACCAGGACGAGGAGGAGGGCGGCAGCGCAGGGCAGGCCACGGCCCAGGCCGAGGGCGAGCACUUCCGGCACCGGCGCCUCACGGGCGACUCGGGCAUCGAGGUGGGGCGGUGCCAGGAGGAGGAGGGCGCGGACGACAGCGAGGAGGAGAUGCAGCUGCUGGGCAAGGCCGGGCCCGAGUCACCGCAGCGGGCCGAGUGCAAGAGCCUCUGCGGCGUCCCCAGCGAGGGCGGCAGCGAGGAGCCUGGCUCAGCUGCCUGGCCGUGCCAGGGCCCCGCAGCGCUCGGCUCCACUGCCUUCCGGGUGGAGAAAUGGCUCUGCCCCCGCCUGCAGGUCCGUGCUCGGGCGCGGGGACUCCAGUAG